AUGCAACCAGGAUUCUCCGAUGAGGAACUCGCUAGGAAGACCGCUCAGGUUUGGAAGUAUCAGCAUCUGUACAUCGACGCCAUGACUGACAACUGGACUUUUGUUGUGCUUGGAGACCUCAAGACGGGCAAGUCUUCUUUGGUGGAAACGGGCUUUCUGGGAAAACCGUUCGAUGAGGUUGGUUUUAUCAAGCAUCGUGCUCGGCUCAGAACAGGUGCUUAA